UUUGUUAUUUUUUACCGUAUUACACUCAAACUCAACAGUCAAGUGUCAACACAACUCACUUUCUCUCAACUUCCACACACAGCACAGAUACACACACUGAGUCAGUGUCUGGAACAAUCUAACAAAGACUACACAAAAGGCAAAACAAAACUAAAGAACACCGAACAUCUUCUUAUGGCGGCGUGGACAGGCGCGGCUCGCCAAGCCGUGAAUCUCGCUCGGCUUUCCUCCCCAAAAACGCCUUCAACUGCUCAGGCCGCCUCCCUCAUCCAUCGGCGUGGUCUCGCCAGUGGUGGCGAUCAUCAUGGACCUCCAAAGGUGAACUUUUGGCAAGACCCAUUGAGCCCAUCUAAAUGGAAAGAAGAACAUUUUGUGAUUGCCUCUUUGACUGGAUGGGGGUUACUUUUCUAUGGAGGUUACAAAUUUUUCACUAAAGGCAAAAACGGCAAGAAGGAAGAGGUUGAAGAACCAUCACACUAGAUUUUCUAUGGCAGUUCUGCAUGCAAAUAAAAUCCUUGCUUGGCUUAACGAUCUCUUGAAUGAGGAUGUUUGGCCUUGUUGUGUAAUGAGACAUGCUUGUUUUGAGUUCUGCUUUAGUUGUACAUGAAUACUAAAAAUAAUGGAUUUUGAAUGCUAGCACCCUCUCUCUCUCUCUCUCUCACAUAUGGUCGUUUAGAUACUAUGAUUCAUCUAAUACACCUUUUCUUGAGUUCUAUCA